AUGCCCAGCGUAUCCAGUGCUGAUCCUGUGGCCCUGAGCCCUCUCGAUCAUAUUCCCGCCAAACUCUUCCUGCCAUUCAUCUUGUACUUUGAUACACCCGACCCACAAACUGCGCUCUUGACUCUCAAGGGUGGCAUUGGCAAGCUCGUUUCGCAACUGCCUUGGCUGGCGGGCGAUGUGGUCUCUCAUCAAACACCUGAUGGGCCGAAGGGUCGCAUGCACAUCGCGCCACCGCAGGUCCCUCCUUCUCAAGUCUCCAUGCUACAGAGACCCGUGCUCCGCUUCCAGGCCAAUGUCUUCCCCAGCAAGCUCGUCCUGGCCAUGUCCUUCUGGCACAACGUCUUCGACGGCACGGGAGCCGGCGUGAUCCUCGAAGCCCUCGCUGAGUGUUGCCAGUUUAGCACGGACCAAACCGAGACCCCUCUCGCCCAGAUCAUCGCAGCGACACACAUCACCCUCCGCAACCACGUCUCCAGCUUCCCAGCCCAGUGCAAGACCCGUCUCGACCACAGCGUCGAACUGGGCCCGCCCGUCUUCGACCCCAACACCUCUACGGAGCAGUGGAACGCGAUGGAGUCCGCGCUGGCCUUCGUGGUCGAGACCAACCGGUACACCUUCGAUCCACACAAGGUAGCGCAGCUGAAAGACCUCUGCGUGGAGCAGCUUCAGUUCCUAUCCGCGACAACUGCAAGCUGGAUCUCCAGCAACGACAUCAUCACCGCAACGCUGGCCCUCUGCGUCGACCGCGUGCUUCAUCCAGAGCGAGCAUCAAUCCCCAUUAUCACUCCCACCACACCUGAACCAGCGGACUUCCUCAUGGCCGUCAACCUGCGCAACCGCGUGCAUCCUCGCUUCCCAGAUAUAUACGUGGGGAACAUGAUCUUCCCCAUCCACGACACAAUCGACCCACCGAAGCCCCUCAUCUCAGCAGAGGGUCACGCCACGACAGACGAGGAGAGAGAUCUCCGCCGCCUCGCGCAGCUAGCCUUAAGAGUGCGCACCCGACUGUCCGCGAUGGACGAGACGGUGGCGUACAGCGCCUCGGCCGUCGUAGACCCGCCGGGGAUUAUUGUGACGAGCUGGCGGGAUCUCAACACCUAUUCCCUGGACUUUGGGACGGGGCUAGGAUAUAUUGAGGAUUUCGAACCGGGGCUGGCUCUGGUGCCGGGGGGAUGUAUCUUUCUCCCGGCGCGGAUGUCUGGUGGUGGGGGCCGGGACCGUGCGACUGCGCUGUGGGAGGUGUGCGUCACUUUGAAGAUGGGGGAUUCGGAGACACUGCUGCAGGAUCCGUUGUUCAGGAAGAUCCUUGCGUAA